CCCGGAGGAAGUGUAUCAGAAGUAACGUGCCACUUCAGCAGGUUCAUCGCAGAUUUGUCAGCUUAUCUACUUCGAUGAGCAAUUCCGUCCCUUUCCAAUUCGUCGUUGGGGCAGGUUGAGUUUGUUUUUGUUUCUCCAGAUCCUCGUGGUAUCUGCGUCGGUGCUCUCUACUCGCAAGCAUCUUCGCGUGUUGUAGCCGAAAGAUUUGGGAUGAUGGUUUCUGGAGGUAUAUAGUUUUGUUUUUUUCCACCUCUUACACUCGCACUCGGCUUGGUGUCUUUUCACUUGCGCUUAUAUUUUCUACACCCAUCUCUUGUUUGUGGCAUCACUUCAUUUUCCGGUGAGCUUUGUGAGCCAUGGGGAGCAGUGGAUUACUUGACUUGGAGAAGCAAUUCGCAUUUUACGGUGCGUACCACAGCAAUAAGGUCAAUAUCCUCAUCCACGUCUGCUUCGUAUGGCCCAUCGUUUUUGGCAUCGUCUCUCUGCUCGCGUACACGAAUCCCCUGGCGCCGCAGUUGCCCGUUAUGGCCGCCCUGCCUUUCCAUGAAUACAUGGUGCUCAACUACAGCUUCAUCUUCACGGCCGUGUAUGCGUGGUUUUACAUAAUCUUGGAGCCCAAGUCGGGGUCAUUGGCAGCCUUCCUGAUGAUCUUGUGCUGGAUAGGCGCCAACGCCGUAGCACAACACAUUCCCUAUGCUUCUGGUUGGAGGAUUAUUGCAGUCUCGCAGGUUGUGUGUUGGUCAGCUCAAUUCAUCGGCCAUGGUGUUUUUGAGGGGCGUGCGCCUGCUCUGUUAGACAAUCUUGUUCAGGCAUUCCUCAUGGCACCUUACUUUGUUUUGCUUGAGGUGUUGCAUACAAUAUUCCACUACGAGCCAUAUCCAGGUUUCACCAAAAAUGUGCAAAACAAGGUCGGUGCCAGCAUCGCAGAAUACCGAUCCAAGAAAGCAAAAGCAAAGCGCAUGGAAUGAGCAAGCCUAGAUUCUUAUCCUGACAGCGCAUGACAUUUGCACAAAACUCGUUUCUUACCUCACACUGGGUUGUUGCCCUUGUUUGAGCUCCUCCUCCGUAAACAACAACACCCAGUUGAAAUGAAUGAGAAAAUCAGCAGCAGCGGUCAAACAUUCAGGCUUGCUUCCAGGAUAGGAAUCCUUCAUUCAAAUCUUUUGAGUUUGCAGAUACAUUACUUUGAAACUUACCACCAGUAUUGCAUAAAUAAAUAAAUAAAUUGGCUUCUUAUCACCA